AUGCCAAGGUCAAAAAAAGGCAGUCGACCAGUAACUGCAAAAUCUGCUGACCAGAAUCAAAAGUCAAAAGCAAAGAAUAAUUUUACUGAAUCAAAAAAUCCACUAGUGGAAGGACAAAAAGACCCCCCUCCGUCAGAAUUUCCUGUAACUCCAAAAUCAGAAGAGUCCGAACAGGUGGAGGAAAAAGAAUCAGUUGAAGUGGUUAAUUCAGAGGAACAGAGGGAGAAGUCAGAUGUUGAAGGAAAAUCGGAUGAACAUGGAACAGAGGGGCAGAGAAAAACAAAGAGAAAAGGGAAAAGUAAGCCACAAAGCAAUCAAGCUCUUGAAGUUGAAAAGCAAGUAGAAGAAAUAAAUAAACUUGAUAAACCUCAGGAUAGGAUUUGGGAUCAAAUUGAACGUCAUUCCAAAGGAUGCCCAGAACCCAUUGUCAGCUUCUUUGACAAAUUAGCCCAUGGAAAACACUGGACAUUUUUAAAAGAUCUCAAAAUGGAAGAUAUUAAACAUGUUUUAGAAUUAUGCAAGAAUUCACAUUGCUCAAACUUGCAAAGAAAUAAGGAGGACAAUCAAGAAAGUAAACAAGACCAAACAGGAGAUAAAAAAGGAAGAUCAAGAAAAAGUGUUGAUAAAACUAAGGCUGAAAAUCAAGAGGAAUUAAAGAAAAAGGAAUAUGAAACAGCCGAAUUAAAGACAGAAAUAGCUGGAUUAAAGAAAGAAAUGGUUGGAUUAAGGAAAAGCUUAGAGACAAAAGAAAAGGAGGUUGAACAAUUACAAACUGAAAAAACUGCAUCACAACAGAAUGUUGAAAAGAUUUAUAAACAGUUGAGUCGCAGAGAUGAAGAGUUUCAUCAUAUUCAGAAUGAAUAUCUUAAAGUAGAACAGAAUGUGAGAUCUCUAAAUAUACGGAUCAGAGAGGAACAAGAUAAAUACCUUAAGCUAGAGGAAGCCAACAAAGAGAUAGCUAAGGAGAGGGAUGAGUUCAAGGACAGAUUCAGUAAAUUAGCUGGAGCCAAGCUGACGGCAGGAAAUGCCCGUAUUCAGGACCUGAGCGACAUCAAUCGUCCCCAAAAACUUGGAGAGAAAUACUCCGAACUCUACGACAAUGAGUGGACUGAUGCACUGGAGGAAAUUCAGGAGAAUGAAGAUUUGAAUGAAAAAGAAGCUGUGCUGAAAUUACUGGAACUAUUUAAAUCCUGUGUUUCUUUUUGCCAAAUGAAAGCAGAGGAGCAGGAGAUGAGGUUCAUGUCUGCUGUCAGACAGGCUGUAGAUCUGAAUGGGGGAGGAGGGAUGUGUAAUGGCUCAGUGGAGGGGUCAGAACAGGAGAGUGAGGUACAUAUUCUAUCACCUAGUGAUUCCAAAAUGCUCAAAGAUUUUCUUAAAGCUAAAGGAGGAACCACACUCACAUAUCUUCAGCGGGUGUUCCAGACAGAGUAUCCUGCCUAUGCAGAAUCAGGGCCUAAAGUGCAGGAAUUCCUAAGCCAGAGUAUCGAGGUGUGCUGGUUCUCCGCUAUACAAGAUCCACCAUUAGCAUUUGACUGGAAUUUUCCAGAGGGCUCAGAAAUGGUUGAUAAAUAUGUCAAGGUGUUCACUAAGUCAGGAACUAAAAUUGACUUUGUUGUUUGGCCUGUGUUGAAGUUACAUGUUGAUGGUGAUGUCCUCUGUAAGGGUGUUAUACAGCCCAUUCCAGAAGGAAAGACUAAAAAAAAGAAAAAAGAUUCAGAAUCUUAAGUGCAGGGAUAAUGUAGUUAGUCUGUUUUGUAUUUUGAGGUUAUAAAUGAUAGUUUUUGAUACAAUAUUUCA